AUGGCUUCAAUUGAACAAGAAGAGCAGCAAUACCUGCAAGAGGUGGCCGCGGUCAAGAAGUGGUGGACUGACUCCCGAUGGAGAUACACCAAGCGACCCUAUACCGCCGAGCAGAUUGUUCAGAAGCGAGGCACCAUCAAGAUCGACUACCCCAGCAACAUCCAGUCCAAAAAGCUGUGGAAAUUGGUUGAGCACCGAUUUGCUACCAAAACUGCCUCGACCACGUAUGGCUGUCUCGAACCAACCAUGCUCACUCAGAUGAACAAAUAUCUCGAGACUGUCUACGUGUCGGGCUGGCAAGCCUCAUCUACCGCUUCCUCGACCGAUGAGCCCUCUCCCGAUCUGGCCGACUAUCCUAUGAACACCGUGCCCAACAAGGUGAACCAAUUGUUCAUGGCUCAGUUGUUCCACGACCGCAAGCAGAGAGAAGAGCGUCUCACCACUCCCAAGGAGAAGCGGGCGUCUCUACCCAAGGUGGACUACCUGCGGCCCAUCAUCGCCGAUGCGGAUACCGGCCAUGGCGGUUUGACCGCGGUCAUGAAACUCACCAAGCUGUUUGUUGAGAGGGGCGCCGCCGGUAUCCACGUUGAAGAUCAGGCGCCUGGGACCAAGAAGUGUGGGCAUAUGGCUGGCAAGGUCUUGGUCCCUAUUUCUGAACAUAUCAACCGCCUCGUGGCCAUCCGCGCUCAAGCCGAUAUCUUGGGCGUCGACUUGUUGGCGGUGGCCCGAACGGACGCCGAGGCGGCCACUUUGAUUACCACCACGAUCGACUACCGAGACCACGCAUUUAUACUUGGAUCCACCAAUGCCAAUCUCCAACCUCUCAACGAUCUCAUGGUUGCGGCCGAACAAGCCGGCAAGACUGGCGCCGAGCUUGAAGCCAUUGAAGACUCGUGGACCAGGCAAGCCGGCAUCAAACUUUUCGACGACGCCGUCAUUGACGCCAUCAACGCGGGCGUGCAUGUUGACAAACCGGCUUUGAUUGCCAAGUACAAGCAGGCCUCCAAAGGAAAGUCAAACAGCGAGAGCCGCGCAAUUGCCAAGGGGCUCACCGGAGUGGACAUCUACUGGGACUGGGAUGCCCCGAGGACACGUGAGGGCUUCUACCGACUCAAGGGAAGCUGUCAAUGUGCCAUCAACCGGGCCAUUGCCUAUGCUCCGUACGCCGACCUGAUUUGGAUGGAGAGCAAGCUGCCGGAUUACGCUCAAGCGAAGGAAUUCGCCGAUGGCGUUCACGCUGUCUGGCCCGAGCAAAAACUUGCCUACAAUCUUUCCCCAUCGUUCAACUGGAAGACUGCCAUGUCCGCCAAGGACCAAGAAACUUAUAUCCAACGCCUGGGAGAGUUGGGUUAUGCCUGGCAGUUCAUCACGCUGGCCGGUCUACAUUCGACCGCCCUGAUCUCCGACACGUUCGCCAAAGAAUUUGCCAAGCGCGGCAUGCGUGCCUAUGGAGAGCUGAUCCAGGAACCUGAGAUGAAUGCCAAGAUUGACGUGGUCACGCACCAGAAGUGGUCCGGCGCCAACUAUGUGGACAAUCUACUCAAGAUGGUCCAAGGUGGUACUAGCAGUACCGCGGCCAUGGGUAAAGGGGUGACGGAAGACCAGUUCCAUUAG